AUGGAGGCAAUGAAGAUCAAUCAAUUCUUUGUUGUUAUGGUUGUGGUGGUCAUGAUGGUUGCAACAUCAAGUGUGUCAGCUGUAGAAGCACCAACAUCAAGUGUUUCAACUCCAGCUCCAGGUCCUACAUCUGAUGCUACAACCCUCUUUGUGCCAACAAUGAUUGCAUCCUUUGUUGCUCUUGUUUUUGGAUUUCUUUUCUAA